AUGGCCAGACACGCUCCUGAUUAUAGGGACUAUGUUCUCUGUUGCCUACUGACGCAGAAAUCUGAUACAUGCGUUAGAAACUCGCCAAUAAAACAUUGCAGGAAACUUCAACGAAAUUGGCAAUGGUUGCAAUUGCUUUGUUUAGAGGAAGAAAUUCCGCAAAAAACUGUAUCUGGAAAUAGGGGAGUAGUCUUAAUACCCGACAAAGCUUGGAGGAAAGCUCACAUUUUAUCGCCGGCAUUAAAAAUACAAUAUGCAAUCAUUGGAAUACCAGAAUACGAUAAUCACAAAAAGUUUUUCACAAAAAACACCCAAAUACAUACAUUUGCAUUAUCUACAUGUGUUGAUCUAAGAUUUCGUCAACCCUGGUUUCUGGAUUGCACGAUCAAAACACUUUGUUCGUGGUAUUCGAGUUCUCUAGUAUAUUUAUGUCUACAAUUGUGGCACAAUCGCGAGAACUUGGAUAAUCAAUUAAGAAAGCUGUUUCUUGAUUUACCGUCGCUUCGAGUUUUCGAAUUUAUCGGUGAAAUUCGAAUGUUAAAAACAUUGUGUGCUAUGUGCUGUCAGAUACGAUCCGGCAGUUGCAAUGUUUGUCGGGUCAAUAUGCAACUUCAAGAAAUUAUACACGAUGACAUAGACAAAGAAAAAUGGAUGAAGGGUAUAAAGUGUUUGAUGGUUUGUUUUAAACAUGAUUUUGACAUAAUGAAUGUUAAAUUUGACAUUAGCUUUUAUAGGUUUUGA